AUGAAGGAACUGAAGCAAGCAUUCAGGAACAAGCCUGAGAAAACAACCCUUGCCACUGGAAGAGGAUAUGGUGGUAAAAAUGUGGCCUCAGAAGAGGAGGAUGAUCGAAACAGAGUCUUGUCCGACGAGACUCCAUUACCAAAACUAGGCUUUCUCGGCCAAGGCAACAAUGGCUAUGUCACCCUGGUUCGAAACGGCGAUGGACUACUCAUGGCUAAGAAAACAUCUUUCCUCAAAUACUCAGAGGAUCUCGAGAAAGAAGUAAGGAUCAUGGAUCGCUUCUUUUCAAUCAAUUUCAACACCGUGAGAGCCACGAGCCCUGCAGUUUCCUACGAAACCAUGCCAUUCAACGUGAAAGUCUGUUGCAUUCACAUGGAAGUCGCACCACAUGGUUCACUCAAAGACAUGCUGACCAAAGCCGAGAACAUACUCAUCUUCCCGAGCUAUGCUCAUGAAGAUCUUUGCGAGCUCAAACUUGGUGACUUCGGUUCGGCUAAGGAACCCAAUGGACCUGAUCCAGUGAAUGGGUCUUUGUUCGAGGACAAUCCGGAGUAUUUGGCUCCUGAGGCAGUCGGGCCACGUGGAGUGAUCUCAUCGGCGGUUGAUAUCUGGUCCUUUGGUACCAUGGUGAUGGAAAUGAUGGGGGUUACUAUAAGAGGAAGGAGUGAUUACGUGCCGAGGACUCUAUCGCAGAUGACUUGGUACUUUGUGAGGAGAUGUAGAGAGCGCAAUCCGGAGGCUAGAGCCACCGCGGAGGAGCUCAUGAGUCAUUCUUUUGUUAACCAAAGUCUUGAGGUUCCACCGCUUGAGCUGCUUCCAGUUCCUUCUUGCUUAAGUAAUGGAGUGGUUCAAGGAAGGCUUUUCUAG